GAAGGACCUGCAGCUCCUGGUGUGGCAGACGAAACAUCGCUAGAGAGGAUAAAUGACUUUACUACUCAUACACAUUUGGAUCCCAGUCAACAAUGAGGAUUAUCUCCUGCCAGUGGACGCUUGUGGCUAUAGCUGUGGUUUCAAUCACUGUGGUAUUCUGCAGUAAGACCAAACCAACAGCGAAACCAAAGUACCUGUACACAAAGAAGCCCGUUCCACACGUCACGCCGCACAACCCUGUCACUACCACUGUCCCCAAGACUCUGAAGAUAGUGGUGACGCAAAACCCCGUGCAGCCUCAGCCGCAGCCGCCACCUCCACCGCAGCCCACCACAGCGAGGACCACCUACGUGAACCACAAACUUCCACAGCACUACAGUGAAAACACUGAGCCCACAGGUGUUGGUCCUGACAACUACACGCUGGACUACAACGAGUGCUACUUCAACUUCUGUGAAUGCUGUCCCCCUGAGAGGGGCCCCAGGGGCUCGAAGGGAGAAAGAGGCUCAGCAGGACUACCUGGUGAUAUAGGGCCUGCAGGACCACAGGGUAUACCCGGACCACCUGGCAUGAGCGGUCCAAUGGGCUAUAAAGGAGAUAAAGGGGAUAAAGGUGAGAGAGGACACCCUGGAACAUCAGGCCCACCAGGGAUUCCAGGAAAACCAGCACAAAAAGGUGAAGCCGGCCUCAAAGGAGAAAAAGGUGACGUAGGAUUACAAGGUGCCAAAGGUGAACAAGGAGAAAAAGGAGAACAUGGGCAGAAUGGAACUGCUGGUGAGAAAGGGGAACCGGGACCGGAAGGGCCUGUUGGACCUCCAGGAACAGCUAUGGGCCAGGGUCCGAAAGGAGAAAAGGGAGAUAAAGGAGACUGUGGUAUUUUUGGGGAGAGAGGUCCUAAAGGUGACCGAGGGGAAACCGGGGCUCCCGGCAUUCAGGGUGCGAUGGGAAUUCCAGGAUUACAUGGCAAACAUGGCACCCCUGGGCCCGUCGGCAUUAGAGGGGAUCCAGGACACCCCGGGCCUCCAGGAGAGCCAGGAGUGUCAGGGCCACAGGGGCCGCAAGGGAUACGAGGGAUGCCCGGGCCAAAAGGGGACAGAGGGUACCCUGGCAUCAGAGGUGAGCGUGGCUUUCGUGGAUUAAAAGGAGCAAAAGGUUCGGGAAUGCUUCCGAAACGCUCUGCCUUCAGUGUCGGCAUCUCUCCAAAGAAAUCCUUUCCUCCCUCCGGCUUCCCGAUCCGCUUUGACAAGAUAUUCUACAACGAAGAAAACCACUUCAAUACGAGCUCCAACAGCUUCAUGUGCGUCCACCCCGGGGUUUAUGUCUUCUCCUUCCACAUCACUGUGCGUAACCAGCCUCUGCGAGCCACACUUGUGGUGAACGGGUUACGGAAAGUCAGGACACGGGACUCCCUAUACGGCCAAGACAUCGACCAGGCGUCCAGUCUGGUGGUGUUGAGACUGGCAGCCGGAGAUCAGGUCUGGAUGGAGACAUUCAGAGACUGGAACGGGGUUUACGCCAGCAGCGAGGACGACAGCAUCUUCUCCGGGUUCCUUCUGUACUCAGACAAAGCCUGAAGCCCCUUUCUGAUUGCGACACACGGCCACUUCUCUCUUCUGCUGAACUGUUACAACCUCACCACAUGGGUGAAAACACCAAAUACUGAGGGUGCUACUCUGUAACUGUGAAUUAUUUGUCUGUAAGCUUAUUAUCAUCAAACGUCUGGCUCAAAUUCUCUCAUUUAGAAAUUUCUAAAUAAACCAACCACUCAUGACCUCAAGAGACAAAUGUGCAGCCCUCAGCAAAACGGACAGCUGUAAUAACAGGAAAUCAAGAUUUAAGACAUAAUAUGGGACAGGAAGUGCAAAAUGAAUAUAUAAAAAGGAAAGUAAACACAACAGAAAAGGAAAAAACUAGUAAAUAUAUAAGAUAAAACUAAUGUAUAUAUAAAUAAAGAGUUAAUGUGAAAGAACUGCUUGUCAAUAAUGUAUGUUGUGAGAUUAUAUAAUCUCACAAAAACAUUC